AUGGUUUUGGUGCCCGCGAUCGGCACAUCGUGGGGCGACGCCCUUCUCAAAAUCGUGCUUGCGCAAAAGAGAGUUGAUCGGCAUCCUGCCAUGAGUGGCAUGGAGAGCCGCGCUGUUCAGAAGUUCGGCUGGAAGCCGGACCUGCCCGACCACCGUGACCACCAUGUCAGCUUCCCCACCGUGGAGGCCCCAAGCUCGAUCAAGAAGAAAGCAGAUGGGACGAAUGAGAUUGUGGACCUGCGCCCUCUCAACGGUGGCUUCCCCAUCUUCGACCAGGGCCAUCUUGGUAGCUGCACGGCAAACGCUUUGGCAGCUGCCUUCCACUUCACCCUUCACAAGAUGGAGGUAGAAAACGACAAGGACUUCGCCGACUUCACCCCCAGCCGCCUCUUCAUCUACUACAACGAGCGCCUGGUGGAGGGCAGCGUGAACCAGGAUGCGGGGGCCAUGAUCCGCGACGGCAUCAAGGUCAUGUCCAAGGUGGGCGUGUGCCCUGAGAGCGUCUGGAAGUACGACGACGGCCCUGACUUCUUCAAGCAACAGCCGGACUCCAGGUCCUACGAGAUCGCCCAAAAGUGCAGGGUCAUGGGCUAUGCUCGUGUUGCACAAGACUUGAGCCAGUUCAAGAUGUGCAUCAAGAAUGGCUACCCCUUCGUCUUCGGCUUUGCCGUCCUGUCAAGCUUCCAGACAGCGGAGGUUGCCAGGACCGGCAAGAUGGUGAUGCCCCAGGCGACCGAUCAGCAGCUAGGCGGCCAUGCCGUGUGCGCUGUGGGUUACGACGACUUCCAGCAGUGCUUCAUCGUCCGCAACUCCUGGGGCGAAGGGUGGGGUGACAAGGGCUACUUCUACAUGCCCUACGAGUACAUGUGCCACCCGUCGCUUGCCUCAGACUUCUGGGCCAUCAACUGGGUGGAGGGCUUCAAGAAUUCCAAGAAGGCCGAAUACACGAUGAACCCAACCCUGAAGAGUGUGCCGGCCCGCACCAUCCAGAAGUUCGGCUGGAAGCCGGAUCUGCCGGACCACCGAGAUCUUCAUGUCAACUUCCCCAAGGUGGAGGCACCAAGCAAGAUCAAGAAGAAGGCCGAGGGGCAGAAGGAGCUCGUGGACCUCCGCCCAAUGAACGGUGGCUUCCCCAUCUUCGACCAGGGCCAUCUCGGAAGCUGCACUGCGAAUGCGCUGGCGGCAGCCUUCCACUUCACCUUGCACAAGAUGGAGGUAGAGAACCACAAGGACUUCGCCGACUUCACCCCCAGCCGCCUCUUCAUCUACUACAACGAGCGCCUGGUGGAGGGCAGCGUGAACCAGGAUGCGGGGGCCAUGAUCCGCGAUGGCAUCAAGGUCAUGUCCAAGGUUGGUGUGUGCCCUGAGAGCGUCUGGAAGUACGACGAUGGCCCCAGCUUCUUCAAGCAGGAGCCGGAUGCGAAGGCAUAUGAGAUUGCCCAGAAGUGCAGGGUCAUGGGCUAUGCUCGUGUUGCACAAGACUUGAGCCAGUUCAAGAUGUGCAUCAAGAGCGGCUACCCCUUCGUCUUCGGCUUUGCCGUCCUGUCAAGCUUCCAGACAGCGGAGGUUGCCAGGACCGGCAAGAUGGUGAUGCCCCAGGCGACCGAUCAGCAGCUAGGCGGCCACGCCGUGUGCGCUGUGGGUUACGACGACUUCCAGCAGUGCUUCAUCGUCCGCAACUCCUGGGGCGAAGGGUGGGGUGACAAGGGCUACUUCUACAUGCCCUACGAGUACAUCUGCCACCCGGCGCUUGCCUCGGACUUCUGGGCCAUCAACUGGGUGGAGGGCUUCAAGAACGCUGCCGCGAAGCCCAUCAAGAAGUGA